CAGAGCACAGAGGCAGUCCGGGCUCUAGGAUACGGAGGAAAGCGUCCUAUUUUGAGCUUUGGUUUUGUAGAUGCUGCCAGUCGAGCAUCUUCACCUCAAGCAUGUCCUGCAGACAGUAUCUGCUCUGGAGUCAGUUGUCCUGCGCAGCUUUGGUCCUGAAGGGGGACAGGUACUGUUUACCCGGGACACAGGUCAGGCCAUGCUGACCCGCAGCGGGACACGCAUCCUCACUGCACUGCGACUUGAGCAUCCAGUGGCUAGGAUGGUAGUUGACUGUGUGAGGAAGCACAGCAAAGCAACAGGAGAUGGAUCCAAGACGUUUCUUCUACUGUUGGCUUCAUUGCUGCGGAUGAUUCAUGCAGCAGCUUGGAAGGAGCCUGCUGUGUCUCGCACUUACAGCUCAAGGGAAGCAGCAGAGGCUGCCACGGCCAGGCGACUGGCUGACGAACUGCUGGCGUUUGCAUUGGAGGAACUGGACGACGUCAUCUCCGCAGGAGUCCUCCCUUAUGGAUUAUGGGUUUCAUGGGAAGACUUGACUGCAAAAACACCGCCACCAGCUCACACUAGCAACUCCACCUGUGUUCAGAAGCUGCUAGUUUCCUUCUUUCAUACUCGUCUUGGUCAAACUCACAGUGACUUUAUCAGCGACCUCACCUGUGAACUGCUCAGGAACUGCAGGCUAAAACGUGACCUCCUUCCCUCAGCACUCCAGUUUGUGAAUGACAACUUCCCUGCUCUGCACACACCUGUAUCAGGCUUCCCUAUCAGCUGUUCACAUUUGAUUGAGGGGCAGGUCAUUCAUCGGGACUUUGCUGUGUCCUUUGCUCACACUGACCACCAGCCAGUCAAAGCUGUAGUUUUCACUCAGCAACUGCAGCUGAAAUUGCACGAUGAAGGAGUCGUGCUUAAAGUGGGGAGUGGAGGCAAAAUGAUGGAGAACAAAAGUAUUGUAGAGUUCAGUGCCUGGUCAGAGAAGUCACUGGAGUGUGUAUUUGCAAAGCUGCAGUGCCUGGGUGUCUCUGUGCUUCUGUCUGCAGUGAAACAGUCGGCUGCUGUCCUGGCUCUGGCUGCACAGGCACACAUGUGUGUUGUGGAGUGUAUCAGUGAAGAUGAGCUGUCUCUCUUUGCCCAGUUGAGUGGCACCACACCUGUCUCACACUGCUGGAGGAUUGAACCGGUCAAUGUUGCUUUCCUGACCUUUUGCCGGCCGAUACUACUGGGAGUCCACAGAUAUGUUCAUGUGGCCUUCCAUGAUUUAGAGGAAAGAACCAUGGUCAAACCCUGCAGUGUGGUGGUCUGUGGUCCAGGAGAAGGGCAAACGGACCAAUAUGCAUGUGCAUUUCAAGACGCCAUCCGCAUGCUACUUACAACCUGCAAACCCACCGAUGUGACUGUUACUACAGUGCUGUCGGACCGAAGAACACGUUUACAUACAGAUGAUCACUCUGAUCAAACCAUGCCCACAUCCUUCCAGCAGUGUGUGUUGGAGACAGGCUGUGCUCUACCUGCUGGUGGGACUUUUGAGUGUCUUUUAAGUCACGCCCUCCUCCAACAUGGCCGUAGAUGCUCAGUUUCCCAUAUUUUGGCAAAUGCCCUUCUUAAUGUGCCCCGAUUGAUUUAUUCCCAAAGUCCCCGUCAUUUCCUGCACAUUCAAACCAGGAUCCUGUCUUUUAUUUUAAAUCAGUCCCACACAUUCAGUCCCCUCUGUAAACAAGGAUCUGCCACAGACCUCGGGCACAGUGCUGGUGCUGGUGCUGGUGAUGUUCCUCCUGUGGAUAGUAAACUAAGCUUGACUUGUUGUAGGGAGACUGGCGUUUCUUUAAAAGCUGUCAUGUUGAACUCGGGCCUUGAUUCUCUCGGCUGUAAAUACCGGCUGCUUCUGGCUGUCCUGCAGUGUGUCUCCAGUCUCCUCCGGGUGGACACAAUGCUUUACACACACACCGCCUUAAACACACAGUCAUGCAGCCGUGCAAGUGUUUCCUGGGAGGGCUCAGAGGACGAGGCUGAACACUGAGAUCGUAAUGUAUCCAAACAAUGAAACCUCAAAGGCAUAGUUCAGGUUUUCUUGUGUAAGGUAUGGACACUUUAGCAACGCUGCCGUUUGUGUGGGGAGCUAAGACUCAUGCUAUGUUCCAUUUACGUCGGAACUCAGAGCUGGGAGUGGUGUCACCUCUGAGUUCACAGCACGUCAAUAGACGAGCAGCUACCUUUUAAAAUGGUUUGUGAUGCAGUGAGAGGAACAUAUCGACGAAUGCAGCUGGGGAUCAAACUCUGAUCGUUAAAUAGCUCAGAUCUAUUGUUCCUUCUGUUGCAGCCAGCAGCCAAAUUAUCAGUUAGUUAGAGUCCAGUUCUCAGGCUGUUGCACAGGAAGCUCCUGUUGAUUAUAUGUCAAUACAACAAGCAACCACAAUUCUGAAAUCCCAAAAACUAUCCCUUUAACAUAAGUAUGUGGCUUAUUAAUUUAACUUUUUUGAUCAUCGGUUUGAGGGCUUUUUUUUUUGUCUGUUCGUUAUUUUCUUUUUGGCUCUCUGAUGUA